AUGCCGUCGAAACAGAAAAAAGAGUCCGCAUCGGAGGAAACCGAAGAGGUGGAUGACGGGGUGGAGGAGAAGAAGCCAAAGAAGAAAGAAAAGAGCAAGUCUGGCGACAGAGAAAACAGUCGGAGGAAACACAAGAGCACCGAGGACCCUGAGGGAGAGGAGUUCCAGGAGAAAGAGAAGAAGAAAAAGGGAGAAUCCCAGGAUAAGGUGAAAGAGAAGAAGAAGAAAAAGAGAGUUGGAGAGGAGGAGGAGGAAGUGAUUGAGAAUGAGCAAGACGGGUGCGAGGAGAACAACAAUGACACCACCAGCAAAAGCAGCGGCAAACCCAAGAAGAAAAAAUCUGAGAAGCUCACUGAGGAGGGGGAAGUGACAGAGGGAGCAAACGAGGACAAGAAGAAGAAAAAGAAGAAGAAGCCGUCUCCGGAGGCCCCACAGGGAGAGGAGGACAUGGGCUCAAAGGACAAAAAGUCCAAAGACGGGAAGAAGAAGAAAAAGUCUCAGGACGAGGAGCCCUUAAUAGACGACGACGAAGAGGAAGAGGAGGAGGACUCCAAGAAGAAGAAGAAGAAGAAGCCCAAGAAGGGGUCGGCCGACAGCGACGAAGACAAAGACAAGAAGAAGAAAGGGAAGAAGUCCAAAGUGAAGCAGGUGGACUACGCAGAGAUCUACCAGAAUGAGCUUCUGACCUACCAAACAGACUCCGAUGACGGAUAUGAGGACGAGUACCACAAAAAAAAAGUGUUUGAGGUGGUGACGGUCACUGGCGAUGUGAAAGGGGCAGGGACGGACGCUAACGUGUUUGUGAGUCUCUUUGGAGACUUCGGUGUCACUCCCAAGGUGCAUCUGGCCAGCAAGAGCCGAACAGCGUUUGAGAAGAACAAGACGGACGUGUUCCGCAUCAAAACACACAAUGUGGGGCCCCUGAAGAAAAUCAGGAUCGAGCAUGACAACACAGGGAUGAGUGCCGGCUGGUUCCUGGACCGCGUGGUGGUGACCGACAUGAACCGCCCCCACCUACGCUUCUACUUUGCCUGCAACAACUGGAUGAGCAGAGAGGAGGGGGACGGCCUGUUUGUCAGAGACCUGCUGGGCAGCCUCAACCCCAUGGACGUCCCCAAACUGAACAAGUACAUUGUGAGCGUGUUCACGGCAGACAUGAAGGGCAGCGGCACCGACGCCGACGUCUUCCUCAAUAUCUUCGGGGAAAACGGAGACACAGGAGAGAGACGGCUGGACAGCGAUAAAGACAACUUUGAGCGAGGGACGGAGGACAAGUUUACCAUCGAGGCCCCUAACCUGGGAAGGCUGAAGAAGAUUACCAUCGGCCAUAAUAACAGAGGCUCGUCUGCAGGCUGGUUCCUGGAUAAGGUCAGCGUCGAUGACAUGGGGAACAAGGAAGUGUAUGAGUUCCCCGUCAACCGCUGGUUUGCCAUGGAUGAGGAUGAUGGGAAGAUCCAGAGAGACGUGCUGGUGGGAGCCACGCAGCCGAUGCCGAUCGUGUACAACGUCCAGGUGAUGACAGGCAAUGUGAGGGGGGCGGGCACCAACUCUAAGAUCCACAUGAUCAUGCACGGCUCCAAGGGUCUGAGGAACAGCGGCAAGAUGUUCCUGGAGGGCGGGGCCUUCGAGAGGGGCCUCAUCGACAUCUUCAACGUGGAGGUGGCCGAGCUGAUCAGCCCCUUAAGCAGGGUCACCAUCGGACACGACAACGGGGCCGUGGGAGCGGGCUGGUACUGCGAGAAGGUGACGGUGUACUGUGCCUUCACGGGUCUGGAGCAGGUGUUCCCCUGUGGGAAGUGGCUGGACGAGGACGAGGGGGACGGCCUGAUAGAGAGAGAGCUCUACGAGAUGGUCUCCCUCCGACAGAAGAAGCAGAAGAAAUCCCCCUGGUCCCUGUGGAUCUGGACAUCGGACGUGAAGGGUGCAGGGACAGACGCGCAGGUCUUCCUGCAGAUCUACGGGGAGAACGGCAAGUCAGACGAGAUAAAGUUGGAGAACAACUCUGACAGCUUUGAGCAGGCCCAGCUGGACAGGUUCAUGGUGGAGAUGCCGGACAUAGGACGCCUGCGGAAACUCCGUGUCUGGCACGAGAAGAGGCACCCAUUCGCUGGCUGGCACCUGGCCAGGGCCACCCUGAUGAAGACCCUGACCAGGGAGAAGUACUCGUUCAGCUGCGGCCGCUGGCUCGACAUUAACGAGGAUGACAACGAGAUCAUCAGAGAGAUGCCGGCCGUGGGGGCCAACAUUCCAGAACCUCUACCGUUGAUAAAAUACCGUAUCACCAUCUGUACGGGGAAUGUGAGCGGGAGUGGGACGGACGCCAGCGUGUUCCUCAAUGUGAUCGGGGACCUGGGAGACACGGGAGACCGCCUCAUGUUCCUCAGCAAGAACAACGUCAACAAGUUUGAGAAGGGCAACGCUGAUGAGUUCCUGAUCGAGGCAGUGACGCUGGGCACGGUGAGGCGGGUCCGCAUCGGCCAUGAUGGGCGGGGCGGGGGCUGUGGUUGGUUCCUGGACAAGGUGAUGGUCAGGGAGGAGGGCCAACCAGAGUCCCUGGCCACUGUAUUCCCCUGCUUCAGGUGGCUGGACCGGAACGAAGACGACGGGCAGAUUGUCCGGGAGCUGGUGCCAGCUGGGGAGGGGCUGCGGCUUCACAACGUGAGCUACCACAUUGCGAUCAAGACGGGCAACAUCAGCGGAGCCAGCUCUGACUCCAAGGUCUUUGUCAAGCUGUACGGGGAGAAGGGUGACACCGAGAAGAUCCUGGUGGUCGUCUCCGACAACGACCUCAGUAACUACUUUGAGACGGGCCAGACCGAUAUCUUCACUGUAGAUACCUAUGACAUUGGACAAAUAAACCGGCUCCUCAUUGGCCACACCAACGAGGGCCUGCGUGCUGGUUGGUUCCUGGACAGUGUACAGAUCCAGGUCCCGGUCCAUGGCAAGCAGUACAUGUUCCCUAGCCACCGCUGGCUCUGCAAAGACGAGGCCGACGGGAAGGUAGAGGUGGAGAUUUACCCCAGCGAGACCCUGGACAUCGAACAACUGAUUAACUACGAGAUCACCGUGGUAACGGGGGAUGUGCGGGCGGCGGGCACCAACGCCAACGUGUUCUGCCAGAUCUACGGGGAGGAGGGCAAGACGGAGCUCAUCACUCUCAAGAGCCGCUCCAACAACUUUGAACGAGGGACCACGGAAAUCUUCAAGGUGGAGGCCCUGGAUGUGGGUAAGAUCUUCAAGGUCCGCAUCGGCCAUGACGGCAGCGGCAUCGGAGACGGCUGGUUCCUGGAGAUGUUGGACAUCAAGCGCCUGACGAUGGCCAUGGUGAUGGUGGAGGUGAGGAAGGAGGAGAAGAAGGAGGACAAGAAGGACAAGAAGAAGAAGAAGAAGAAGGUGGAGGAGGAGGAGGAGGUGGAGAUGGUGGAGGAGCUGCAGGAGGUGGUGGAGAUCUUCGUGUUCCCCUGCUCCCGCUGGCUGGCCAGGGAUGAGGAGGACGGGGAGGUGGUGGUAGAGCUGCUGCCAGAGGACCCUGGGGAUCUGGAGGAGAACUCCUACGAGGUCCAUGUGUUCACUGGGACCAUGUGGGGGGCGGGAACCGACGCCAAUGUUUACGUCAACAUCUAUGGGGAGAUCGGAGACACGGGAGAGAGACGUCUCCGCAAGUCCAACAACAUGAACAAAUUUGAGAAAGGACUGGAGGACGUGUUCACUGUCCCGGCCAUUGACCUGGGAGUUCUGAAAAAGAUGAGGAUUCGCCAUGACAACAGCGGGCCCAACGCCGCCUGGUUCCUGGACAGGGUGGAGAUAGUCGACAAUAAAGACGACACCACGUACUACUUCCCCUGUAAGCGCUGGCUGGCCAUCGACGAGGACGACGGACAGAUCGCCCGUGAGCUGGUGCCCGUGGACGAGGCCUUCAUGAAGAAGGGCGACGACGACGAGGAGGAAGACGCAGGAGCCACACUGGGCCUGGAGCAGAAAGCCAUGUCUACCACCUACACCAUGAGGAUAAAGACGGGGGAUAAGAAGUAUGCUGGGACGGACGCCAACGUGUUCACCAUCCUGUAUGGCACCAAAGACGACACAGGCAUCAUCAUGAUGAAAGCCUCCAAGACUCACAAAAACAAGUUUGAGCAGGGCAUGAUAGACGAGUUCAUAGUGGAAGCUGUGGACAUUGGGACCCUGAAGAAGCUCCGUAUUGGGCAUGACAACUCAGGGGGGUCUGCAGGCUGGUUCCUCGACUGGGUGGAGAUCGACGCUCCGUCUCUGGGGCAGAAGCUCCGCUUCCCCUGCGGCCGCUGGCUGGACAAGGGGGAGGACGACGGGGCUAUAGUCAGAGACCUCUUCCCUGCAGAGCUGCAGACUGAACUCUACACUCCAUUCGUGCCGUACGAGAUCAAGACGUUUACGAGCGACGUGUUUGGCGCGGGGACGAACGCGGACGUGACCCUGGUCCUGUACGGCCGGGACGGGCUGUGCACGCAGCAGAAGGCCCUGUGCGUCAACAAGAGGGAGAGGAGGAUGUACUUUGAGCGGGGGGCCGAGGACAUGUUCAUUGUUGAGUUGGAGGAUGUGGGCGACGUCAUCGAGAAGAUCCGCAUCGCCCAUGACAACAGAGGUAUCAAUGGAGGCUGGCACCUGGAUAGAGUGGAGAUCAGGAGAUUGCUCCGAAAGGGAAAGGGGUCGGAGACAGUCAUCUUCCCGUGUGAGCGUUGGCUGGCCAAGUCAGAGGACGACGGUGAGACGGUGAGGGAGCUGGUUCCCUCUGACAUCAUCACCGAGACGCUGAAACGAGACGGGACCCUCAAGGUCAACGAGGUGGAAGUGGAGGACGCACUGGAGACUCAUACCUAUAAGGUGUCUGUGAUGACGGGGGACGUGUACGGAGCAGGCACCGACGCCAACGUGUUCCUGACCAUCUACGGAGACCUGGGCGACACGGGGGAGAGGAAGCUGAGCAAGUCUGAGACCAACAGCAACAAGUUUGAACGGGGAGAGGUGGACAAGUUCACCAUUGAGGCGGUGGACCUGGGCCAGGUGUACAAGAUCAAGAUUCGCCACGACAACAGCAUGGUGAGCCCUGAUUGGUACCUGGACCAGGUGGAGGUGUUCGACACGGACACGGAGGAGGUCUUCCUGUUUCUGUGUGAGCGCUGGCUGUCUAGGAAGAGGGAGGACAGGCGCAUUGUGAGGCUGUUCUACGUCAAGGGUUAUGAAGGGGUGAGAGAGGGCCUGAACAGUAAGAAGAGCCCCGCCCCUCCUGUGAAGAGUGUCGACAGCAACAUGAACAAGAAGAGCAAGAAGAAGAAGGAGCCAGAAGUUACUGAGGAGCUCCCGAUCAUCCCCUACCACUUCACCUUGUCCACAGGGCUGGAUCGUGACGCGGGCACCGCCAGCAGGGCCUACGUCAUCAUCAUGGGCUCGGGCAGCACCAGGACAGACCGCCUGUGGCUGGACCUCCCGGAGGCCUUGGGGGGCUUCCAGGCAGGCUCCCUGGAGUACUUCACGUCCUGCGGAGGGGAUGUGGGGGAGAUCAAGAAGGUGGAGCUAGGGCACGAUGGGGCCACUCCUGAGAGCUGCUGGCUGGUUGACGAGCUUUCUGUUGCUGUGCCAACCAAAGGGGUCAAAUACAUUUUCCAGUGCAAAUGCUGGUUAGCCAAAGACAGGGGCGAUGGGCUCACCGCAAGGGUGUUCAAUGUGUUGGAUGCAGACAGCAUCACCAUCUCCCAGAAGAUCAUCUAUGAAGUGACCGUGGUGACGGGCGACGUUCAGAACGCAGGGAGCGACACCCAGAUCUACAUGACCGUGUUUGGAGUCAACGGCACUGCAGAGGAGAUCCACCUGGAGAAGAACGAGGAUAGGUUUGAGCGUGGGCAGGAGGACACCUUCAACCUGGAGAUCGAUGACAUCGCUCCCCUGAGGAAGAUGAGGGUCCGUAUCGAUGGGACGGGCAGCCGACCAGACUGGUUCUUGGAUCAGAUCAUCACUCGCAACCUGACCACGGAGGAAGUGUCAGUGUUCAGCUACGGCGACUGGCUGUCCAGGACCAAAGGCUCUAAAAGGACCAUGGUGUGUGAGAUGGCCGCGGUGGUGGACGAGGAGGAGAUGGUUGAGCUGACCACCUACACCGUCCAGGUCAAGACCAGUGACGUGGCAGGGGCAGGCACCGACGCCAACGUGUGGCUCAUCGUGUUCGGGGAGAACGGAGACACGGGCACGCUGGCCUUGAAGGAAUGCAACAAGUCCAACAAGUUUGAGAGGAAGCAGAACGACACGUUCCGGUUUCCCGACGUCUUCAGCCUGGGAGAACUCUCCAAAGUCCGGGUGUGGCACGACAACUCAGGCCCCGCUCCCGGCUGGCACCUGGAGUACGUGGACGUGAGGGACGAGACGCUGGACAAGACCUUCCGCUUCCCCUGCGACCGCUGGCUGGCCAAGAACGAGGACGACGGGCAGCUCAUGAGGGAGCUGCCGUGCGCCAACAACGACAUCCUGGACCUGAACGAGAAGACCAAAUAUGAAAUUGUGACCACGACGGCAGAUAUGGACGAGGCAGAAACCAAAGAGAAUGUCUGGAUUGCACUCGAGGGAAAGAAGGGGCGAUCAAAAGAAUUUGUGAUGGAGAACACUUCAAAGAAGAAGCGCUUUCUGCGGGGAAGUGUGGACAAGUUUGAGUUCUCCUCCAAGAACCUGGGUGACAUUGCCAGCAUCUGUCUUGGCCACACCCCCAAGGACGGGAAGAAAGUAAAAGGCGAGGCUUACUGGAUUGUGGAGGAGGUUGUCAUCACAGAGAAGGAGCUAGGCAACAAGUUCAUCUUCAGCUGCAACGCCCCGAUCCCCCUCACCCCCAAGCGGGACGAGUUCCUCACCUUUGAGUGCAGCAAGGCCAUGGAGAGCUUCGCAAGCAAGGCCCGCAGCCUUGUCCCUGUCAAGUAUGAGAUCAUUGUCAUCACUGGCGACGAAAAGGGUGCCGGGACCGACGCCAAUGUCUUCCUCACCAUCUAUGGCUCCAACGGUGACUCGGGCCAGCGGCCAGUGCGGCAGAAGUUCCGGAACUUGUUUGAGCGUGGGCAGACGGACCGAUUCCUGCUGGAGAUGCUGGACAUGGGGGAGUUGUUGCGGGUGAAGGUGGAACAUGAUAACUCACGUCUCUCUCCCGGUUGGCUGCUGGACCGGGUGGAGAUCACCAACACGGCCAAUGGGGUCACCACCAUCUUCCUGUGUGGGAAGUGGCUUGACACCAAUAGGGCGGACGGGAAGAUCUUCAGGGUUCUGUACCCCAAAUACUGAGACCCCCAGUGGGCAGGAGAGUCACCACAAACACGUUGACUGGAGAAGAGCUCUGGUCUACUGGAGACCUUUAGAGAUUCUCAUUACCUCAACAAAGUUGAGAUCUCAGGAACUUUUAAGUUAAAAGUUGCUUUUAUUUUUUGAUGAAUUGUUUUGUAAGAGUUUAUUUGAGUACUAGGUAUCCCAUUCUGCAGCCUGUCGGUCAAGGACAAGCCAUGAUUACAUUGUGUACCUACGUGCCACCAUUUGUAAUGUAAUGAACAGUUUCAGAGUCAGGGAUGAUGAGUCCUUAUCUGCUUGGAUGUGACAGAGGUUUUUUAUAAAAUAAU